UCGUUUAGACGUGUUUUAAGAGUUCGCUUGGUUAAAAAAAAAAAAAGUACAUAGCUAUGCCACCACCGCACGAUCAUCACGGGCCGCCUCCGCGUCGCGGACCCAUCAUCAAGGUACAAAUUGCUCCGCCAUGGCCCAGACGUCAUCACCAUCCGCCACCACCACCGCCAGUUGUGGUGGUACAGCAACCGCCACCACCACCGCAAACUGUCUACUACGUCCCAGCCGCCACACAACCGCCGCCCCCACCACCAGGUGGUCACUACCACAACCCGCCGCCCUACUAGACCCUGGGCGAAGCGCAAAAUAGCCGAACAAUGAAUUUAAUUUACCAACAUUUUAAAUUUUAGUUAAAUAUUCUUAUAUGUACGCCUCAAUUUUUGCCAACAAUAAACCAAUCGAUUUUUAUAUAUAUUAUA